AAGAGAGGAAGUCACUACUGAGUGCUGAGAAAAAGGGUUGCUGACAUGAGAGAUCAAACACCAGCUGGGAGUCAGAGGUCCUCUGGCAGAGAAAUUCUGCUCCUGCUACUUCUACUGCUAGCAGUUCUCUUCUCAGGUGGUGACAAUCAGGAAGCCUACCAAGGGCCGACCUCAUUCCAUGUCAUGCAAAUCUCAUCCUUUGCCAACAGCACCUGGACCCUGAAUCGUGGCUCAGGCUGGUUGGAAGAUCUGCAGAUUCAUGGCUGGGAUAGUGACACAGGCACUGCUAUAUUCCUGAAGCCCUGGUCUAAGGGCAACCUCAGUGAUGAGGAGGUCACAGAGCUGGAGGAGAUCUUCCGAGUCUACUUCUUUGGAAUUACCAGGGAAGUGCAGGAACGAAUCAGUGACCUCCAGUUGGAGUAUCCUUUUGAAUUCCAGGGCAUAGCAGGCUGUGAGCUACAGUCUGGGGGAGCUAUCGGGAGUUUCUUGAAGGGGGCUAUAAAAGGACUGGAUUUACUGAGCAUCAAUACUACCUGUUGGCCUGCCCCAAGCGGUGGCAGCAGGGCACAGAAAGUCUGUGAAUUAAUCGCAAAUUACAAAGGCAUCUUUGACACAAUAGAGCACCUGCUCUAUAAAACCUGUCCCCGGUUUCUCUUGAGCGUCCUGGAGGCAGGGAAGGUGGACCUCCAGAGACAAGUGAAGCCCAAGGCCUGGCUGUCCAGUGGCCCCAGUCCUGAACCUGGCCAUGUGCUGCUGGUGUGCCAUGUGUCUGGCUUCUACCCAAAGCCCGUGUGGGUGAUGUGGAUGCGAGGUGAGCAGGAACAGCAGGGCACUCAGCAAGGUGACUUCCUGCCCAACGCAGAUGGGACCUGGAACCUCCGAGCAACCCUGGAUGUGGCAGCUGGGGAGGCGGCUGGCCUGGCCUGCAGGGUGAAGCACAGCAGCCUAGGGGGACAGGACCUCGUCCUCUACUGGGGACGCUCCAUCCCCAUUGGCCUGGUCAUUCUGGCAAUUAUAGUGCCCACGCUGAUCUUCCUGCUGGGCCUUGCGUUAUGGUUCUGGAGACGCAGGUCAUAUCAGGACAUCUAGGGAAGACUUACGAUGUCAUCUCCCAUCUGUGAUAAAUACAUAAAGCCCAGAAAUUUCAGAUGUCAGCCCAACCUCAAUCUCAUUAUAUUUCAUGAGAUAAUCAUUGUUUUCAUUAUAUCUGAGUUCUAAUAGUUUGCAAGAAAAUAUCACUAUUUGGAUAUCAUCUGAAAAAUAAUGAGAACUGUACAUUUACUUUGAGAUUGUAUCAGAAAUAGAAACUAUCCAUAUUUCAUCAUUUAUUAGGUAUAUAUUCUGCCUUGUUGAAUUGACAGUUCUGUCAAGUUAAUUUUGUGACUUACAUGUAAUGAUUUUCAAAUGAUGAAACAAAAUUUUGUUUCUGUAACUUACCUUUUUUUGUGAAAUCUCUGCAAGUGUGUUGAAUACAUUCUGUAAAAAUA